AUGAACCUGAAAUCUGAACGCAGAGGAAUUCACGUUGAUCAGUCAGAGCUACUGUGCAAGAAGGGAUGUGGUUACUAUGGCAAUCCUGCUUGGCAGGGAUUUUGCUCCAAGUGCUGGAGAGAAGAAUACCAUAAGGCCAGGCAGAAACAGAUUCAAGAGGAUUGGGAGCUGGCAGAGCGACUCCAGCGUGAGGAGGAAGAAGCAUAUGCCAGUAGUCAAAGUACCCAAGGGGCACAGUCACUGACCUUUUCAAAAUUUGAAGAAAAGAAAACCAAUGAGAAAACACGGAAGGUCACUACUGUGAAGAAGUUCUUCACUGCUUCUUCCAGAACAGGAGCUAAGAAGGUGGCUCAAGAGAAAAUCGUUAAGCAAGGACAGCUUGGGAGGGAGCGAAAUGCUGAUAACAUUCUCAGGGAUUUGAAGGAGAUUUUUACUCCCUCCUGGGAACUGGCUUCCCCUACUGAAGUGUUGGCUGGCAAGUUGAAAGCAGAAAUCCAAGAAGCCAAGGCUCCCAGCCCUUCUAUAAACAGGCAGGCUAGCAUCGAGACAGACCGAGUAUCCAAGGAAUUCAUAGAAUUUCUCAAGACAUACCAUAAGCCUGGACAAGAUAUCUAUAAGCAGUGUAAACUCUUUUUGGACACGAUGAAUCAUAAAAGAGACUUAAGUAUUGAGGAGCAAUCUGAGUGUGCCCAGGACUUCUAUCAAAAUGUAGCAGAGAAAUUACAGACACGUUGGAAAGUGCCCCCUGAAAAAGUUGAGAAAGCAAUGGAUCAGAUUGAAAAAUACAUUAUGACUCGACAGUACAAAUAUGUCUUUUGCCCUGAAACGACUGAUGAUGAGAAGAAAGAUCUUGCUGUCCAAAAGAGGAUCAGGGCUUUGCACUGGGUGACUCCACAAAUGCUGUGUGUUCCUGUCAAUGAAGAAAUUCCAGAAGUCUCUGAUCUGGUUGUAAAAGCAAUUACAGAUAUUAUUGAAAUGGAUUCAAAGCGUGUCCCUCGUGAUAAAUUAGCAUGCAUCACCAAGUGCAGCAAGCAUAUAUUUAAUGCUAUUAAAAUCACAAAAAAUGAACCAGCUUCUGCUGAUGACUUUCUUCCAACACUUAUAUACAUUGUUUUGAAGGGAAACCCACCCCGUCUGCAGUCUAAUAUCCAGUAUAUAACACGCUUCUGUAAUCCAAGCAGGUUAAUGACAGGAGAAGAUGGCUACUAUUUUACCAAUCUGUGCUGUGCUGUGGCCUUCAUUGAAAAACUGGAUGCUCAGUCUUUAAAUCUAAGCCAAGAAGACUUUGAUCGUUUUAUGACUGGUCAGACAUCCCCGAAGAAGCAAGAAUCUGAGAGUUUUUCACCUGAUGUGUGCCUGGGUGUUAAGCAAAUGUAUAAAAACUUAGACCUCCUAUCUCAGUUGAAUGAGAGACAGGAAAGAAUUGUCAAUGAAGCCAAGAAGCUUGAGAAAGACCUAAUAGAUUGGACUGAUGGAAUUACAAAGGAAGUCCAAGAUAUUGUUGAGAAAUAUCCAUUAGAGAUAAAACCAAAAAGUCAAGCCUUAGCAGCUAUUGACUCUGAAAAUGUGGAGAAUGACAAGCUGCCCCCACCACUGCAGCCUCAGGUUUAUGCAGGGUAGUUAUCAGUGUUAAUUUUGAAAGGCAUCAUUAUCCUCACCUAGUACUAUCUGCUACUUGGGAAAGGAAAUAAAUUUAAGGCUAAAAAUCAGAUGAGGUUAAAUCAGUACAUUUUUAAAGGUACUUUUUUUUUUUUUGUUAAGUGUAAGGAAUUGUAUUUAUUUUAGUCAAGUAGAUUUCUAUUAGGCUUUUGUGGGUUUUUGAACUGAAUUUAAAUUUUUCUACACAAACCAGUGUAAUUUUUAAGCAACACUAGUCCAUUGACAUAUUCUCUGAAAGCUUCCUUCUAGGCAUGCACUUACUUGUUUUUAAUAAUUAGUUUAACUUAAAAAAUUCGAGUUCCAGCAGAAACUCAAAAGGUACCAAUGUUAGUCUGAAUUUAUUCUGUAGCUGUAAAGAUGAAAUAUACAUUGUAAAAUAUGUAAAAUUGUAAAUAGAUUUAAAAUCUAAUGUCUCAGCUGUGCAUGACAUCUUGUGUAUGAGUGAAAAAUGAUAUAAAAGUGUUCAUUUUGGCACCUUUCAGUUAAAUCACGUUGCAGUAUAAAGGCAAAUACACUGUUAAUGUUUCAGUAAGCUAGAUGGUAUAAUUGAUGAAUUA